AUGAUCCGUGCCAUGCGGCGCUCUGCCGCCCCUAGCACCACAUCUUCCCGAGAGCCCUCCUCCAUCCGUUCCGCCCGCUCCGCCCGCUCCUCCACCCGCACCGCACCACGCCGCAAUCGUACAGGUUCGACUCUCUUCUCCCGCCGGUCCCUCGGUCUCUCUUCUUCCCUCUCUCGCUCCUCGCGCCGCCCUACAGAGCCUUUCGAUGAUCCCAGUCGUGCUCCGCUGCCCGCACACCCAGACUCAGUAAUGAAUGGGCCUUCGUCCCUGCCCGGGCCACGCCUUUUCGAUCCCCUUGCGCUUGUGAGGAGAAUUCCGGCCACGGUUCGUUCGUUCGGUUAUGUUAAGACGGCCCGUAGCCUCGCGGUUUUCUCCAGGUUUGAGCGAUAUUGGUUGGAACUCAGAGGUACUAUCGUAGUGCUUAUCGUCGAUGAUGAGGUCUAUCGCCCUCAUCAUGUCCAUACAUCGCAGAGGGGGAAUGAAAACGUCAUCGCUGGUGUCUUUGCAGUCCACAAGUGUCACGUCGUCAGGUCGCGAGGCGCCAAGAGCGCUGUCAUCCGGCUUAUUAAACCAAAUCAUUCUCAGACCAUUUGGUUGCGCUUCGAUGAUGAGAGCGAGUGUGACAUCUGGGAGAAGGCUCUGAUCGGGGCAGCGUCACAGCGCUCUGUCGGUAUUUCCGACUUCGAAUUUAUCAGUCCUAUUGGCAAAGGUGCGUCCGGAAAAGUUUUUCUCGUAGCUGACCGUAAGACUGGCGAAAAGCUUGCUUUGAAGGUCAUUGACAAGGCCAAGGUGUUUGAAUCGUGCAGCGGUUUUCGACACGCUCUCGAUGAACGCCUUGCCCUGGAGAUGGUUGAUGGUCACCCGUUUUUCUCCAGAUUGCGCUACGCUUUCCAAACAAGGGCUUAUUUCUAUUUGGCGAUCGAUUUUUAUGAUGGAGGUGAUCUCUAUCAGUACCUUCGCACUCACCAAGGCCGACUACUAGAAAGUCAAGUCAGAAGUGUUGCGGCCGAGGUCUCUCUCGCACUGGAGCAUUUGCACAAACUUGGCUUUGUUUACAGAGACCUGAAACCGGAGAAUGUCUUGUUGGACAGCCGCGGCCAUGUUCGUCUCGCAGACUUUGGCCUUUGUAAAUUGAUACCUAAUCGGGCGCUGACAAAUACAAUUUGUGGCACUCACACCUAUGCCGCACCAGAAAUGCUUGCGGUCAGAAACUAUGGAAAGUCAAUCGAUUUGUGGGCAUAUGGUGUGUUUGUGUACCAUAUUCUACGUGGAAGAACCCCAUAUGAGGCCAGAGACCUUGAUCAAGUCAUCGCAAACAUGAAUAAUAGACGUAUCAGGUUUUCGUCAACUACAUCCCCAGAACUGGUAUCUAUGAUCAAGAAAUUGUUAGACUGGAAUCCAGAAACAAGACUUGGUUGCGGCAUGGCAGGAAUGAUCGAAGUUCGCGGUCAUUCAUUCUUCGCUGGUGUUGACUGGAAGAAGGUCUACACAAAAGAAAACGAUGAGGGAGGCCUGUUUGCAAAAGCCAAGCGCUGCAAUCUAAUGGGACCUCCUCAUCGCUUGAAACGGUCGGUACGGGAUUCCGUACCUCCACCACCGCCUCCGUCACCAGCUCCACAUGCCCUCACCCAAUGUGUCACUGCGCGCAUUGCUAACAACCCCGGAGAGACCCCGUCUGCGCAGGUCUUGCGCAAGACUUCAGUUGGAAGCGGUGAUAGCGGAAAAGGACAGUCGGAUUCGAAGAGCAGUGGGACGGAGCACGGAUCUCCGAUAGGCAGUAAGGGGAGCGAGAAAAGCUCUCCGGUUGCGGUCAUACCAGCUGGGGCUAGCACCGGGACUGAAUCAGAUGAAAUUGAAAGCUCAAACCGAAUGGCUACAAAAACAAAGCGACUGUUUAGACCAAAGUCCCUUGGUAAUUUGAAUGGGAAUCGCGCAAGUCCUACGAGCGGAAACGCCAAGUUAUCCCGGAUUGCAAGUGAGCAAGAACAAAAUACUAACAUAUCGCUACGCGAAAAGAUGGCAGCGGCAGCGGAACAAGACGAUUUGAGGAAUUUUGAUAUGAGCGAAUGGGGCAAGAUUAGCGUGGACAACGACCAUGACGAUCCAAAUUAUGGUGACUCUAGCUUAUGGCCAAUUUCGAAAGCUAGACGGCGACUCGUUGAGGAUGAGCGCGUGAUUGCUGGGUUUAGCUACUGCAGCUCCUCAAAGCCACUUGUGGUACCGGACAAUUUGUAGACUAAGUUGUCAAUCGUCGGUAUCGCUUCCUGUGAAGUGUUACUUCAUUAGAUCAUAGAUCCAAACACUAAAGCAUGUCUGCUUGAGAGCUACACUAUU